UUGUAAUUGGUUGACUUUCUCUGGAGAAGGAAUUAAACGAACCGUAAGCAAGUGAACUGUGGAUGUGAUGUUUUCAGACACGGCUUAUCAGCAGCAUCCCUAAGAAAGCGGAGCUUGUAAGAAAGAAAAAAAUGGCUUCUGGGAAAUCAUCUUUUAAGGGAAUAAAAAGUUUAUUCUUUUUCAAUGAAACAGAGAGCUAGAGAGAGAGAGUCCACCUCACUGGCUCCUCCAUAGUCUUGACAUAAAUUGCUUUUUGUUUCUUUCAUAAUCAAUUACUAUGAUAUUGGAUGACAGUUGAUAUUGGGUUCUUCAUCAAUGGCUCGACAACGAAUUCUAGCUGAAAUGGGUUAUGAGUUCACAAUCAUGACUGCAGAUAUAGAUGAGAAAAGCAUUAGAAAAGAAAAGCCAGAAGAAUUGGUAACAGCUCUUGCUGAGGCAAAGGCAAAUGCCAUCAUGUCAAGGCUUCAGAACACUGGUAUGCUAGAGAAAGACGCUCACACAACAUUGUUAAUUACUGCAGAUACGGUGGUGGUCUAUAAAGGGAUGAUCAGAGAAAAACCAUGCAGCAAGAAAGAAGCACGAGAAUUCAUCAAAGGAUAUUCUGGGGGCCAUGCAGCAGUGGUAGGAUCUGUUCUUGUGACUAACUUUAGAACCGGAGCAAGCAAAGGUGGAUGGGAAAGUGCAGAGGUUUACUUCCACGACAUACCAGAUGAAGUGAUGGAUAACCUGAUUGAUGAAGGAAUCCCAUUCAAGGUUGCUGGAGGUCUAAUGCUGGAACAUCCUCUAACGUUGCCAUUUGUUGAUUCUGUGAUAGGUGCAGCUGAUACUGUGAUGGGACUAUCAAAAUCUCUCACUGAAAAACUUAUACAGGAAGCUCUACUUAAAGAAGGUUUAACACCUGGCGUUCAGAUUGUGAACCAAGGAUAUAUAUCGUGAACAAGUGAAAUUUUCAAGCCAUGUGCAAAUCGGGGGCUUGAAUCUCCAUCAAAAUAGUCUGCAUGUAGCUAGGCCCUUUCUAAUGGAGUUUUUCUUUUUCCUUAGGCAGAUGGUGCAAUAAUUUUGCUUUAUUUUUUACCUCUUUCUAGAUUAUACAUUUUGUUAACUAUUGUUUGUUAACAUACAUUAAUACAGGGAGGAAAAAAAAAACUGAAAGGAAAUGUAAAACUCUUUUUGUGGAAAUGAAAUCCAAUAUGUUUAAGCCGACCAAAGGUCACCAUGUUUCUAAAAUUUGAUGCCUAUUUAUAUCAAUAUUAUGGCAUGAGGCCUCAUGCAUGACUAA